UUCUGUUGCUGUUCGGUCUGCCGUUAGUCCAUAUCUGCAGCAAGGCACAGGGGUUCAAUACGUUAUCUUUGAAAAUGGUACCUUUUAUGACCCUUCUGUUUUCACUCAUUCUUGUUGGAGCACAGAGUGGUGAAAAUGCUACUGCGCAUGGAAGCAUCGCUAGUCCAGCAAAUGCUUCCCAGCAAGUCUCUGCAUCCAUUACAUUGGGGACUCCGUAUACCACAGAAAAGGUCCAACAUGGCACUCCAGCAACCAGCGACCAUGUGUUGGCGUCGUCCAGCACAGACAAUGCCUUGAAGCCGAUGAGUUUCCGCGAUGACCAGAAGACGAGGAACAGGAGUGCCAUAUUGAGCCUACCUGACUACAUGCGGCCGAGGCGUGCGAAUGUCCUACGACAGUCUCCAUUUUUUUCCGUCAUUGCUUGCGUCGUGGUGGCUGUGAUCGCCGGUACGAUCCUGGUGGUGUUUAUUAUGCUGGUGACUGCUUCCUUCUUGGGUGCUUUCAAGGGCCCAUUCAAGGCCACCAGUGCCCGACUACUGAAGCGACUCACACGAAGACUGACGAGGAGCGGAGACGACACAACUGACCUCCUGCAGAGUAUGAGCCGCUCGGCGUCCGCUCCCAUGGUGCGAGCCGGUUGCAGCGGCGAGGGUCACAAGCGGAUAGUGCCUUAUUCGCGAAAUCGUUUCGUUCCCUUUGGAAGCACAAAUCUACACACGAGAAUAGUUUAAAUGUCACACUGAAGAAAAUACAAAUUUUAUUGGAAGCAAAAAUGGCUCGUAUUACAUCAAAUACCUAUGUACAGGACAAAUAUGUAUUAUGCUAAGAUGUCCUUGGAAUCUACCAGGCCAAGUCCCAAGUUUUUCGUGUUCUCCUAGUUUUUUAAACAUACCACAUCGUUUGAAACUUCCCACUGAAUUGCAGACAUGAGACUGCACAGAAU